AUGAUAACCGAAGAGAGUGAAAAUUUAAAAAUUGAAUCAAGUGAAAAUUUUCCUGAAUUAUUAGAAUCAAAUGCAAAACGAUUACAUCAAGACAUAUUAUGUCAUGAAAAUGAUUUGAUAGCGAAAGAAACUUCUGAAGAACUUUGCCAAUGUUUUCAAACGAUUCAAUCCCUUAUGAAUUAUACUUCACCGAUUCGAUCUGCAUCAUCUGACGUUACAUUAACUAGUCGUCGAAUUAUUCGGUCAAUCACUUGUAUAUGUGCUAAGCAAACAACAGAUUCAUCUGUAUUUAUUCGGAAGAAUGAUGACCAUGAGAGUUCAUCAACUGAAUUAACACCAGCAACUUCUACUGGUCUUAUACGAAGUCCUUCGAAACUAUCAUCGACUGUAACUAAUCAAACAAUAAGUGUCUUAAUUGAAGAAAAAUCAGUUAGCUCUUCAAAUGAAUCAAUAUUUGUUUGGCGAUCGAAGACUGAAGAAAACCAACAUGUCGAAAGACAACAAAUAUCGUCAAAUAAAACUCAAUAUCGACCAUUUAAAUCAUACCGAUCUCUUGAUUUAUCAACAAUCCAUGAAACAAGUUUAGAAUCAGAUACAAUUGUAAAAAGUCAAACAGGUCAUUCAACGAAUUCUGAUGAUAAAUUUCAAUUGGAAUCAAUCAGAAAACGCCAACCAUUACAAGAAUUUGAUAUAAACUCUUUUAAUGAUGAUGAACGAAAAAUUAAAAAUGAAAAAAAUUUAUUUGAAAAUUCAAUUGUAUUUAAAUUGCCAAGUGAUACUGACCAAGAAAAUUUACCGAUUACACUAAAAAAAAGAUCAAUAGCAUUACCGAUAUACGAGUCUACCAACAAAAAAUACAAAAGAAAACAAAUUUAA